UUAACACAAUGCAGCGCUGGCGGCCUUAGUUGAGUCCUGGACUGUAGCAGAGCGAGCAGCCUGAGCGUGCCCCCACACCAUGGAUGUCAAAGUGCUGCCACUCAUGGUUCUGUUGGCCGUGAUCACACAUGGACCGGGAAACACGGCAAAGCCCAUCAGUCUGGUGGAGAGAUGCUGGUGUCGUUCUACUCUCAACACAGUUCCUCAGCGCUCCAUCAAAGAGCUGAAGUUCCUGCACACCCCCAACUGCCCCUUCCAAGUCAUUGCCAAGCUGAAGAGCAACAGGGAAGUGUGCAUCAACCCGGAAACCAAGUGGCUACAGGGGUACUUAAAGAACGCCAUUAACAAGGUGAAGAAGUCCAGAAGACGUAACAACAAGAAGAAGAACUAAGUCUGUGGGGAUGUUCUCUUAUCAGGACAAGCAAGCAUCCUCAGGUCCAAACCCGUGUACCUCCAACCACUGCUAUGGAUGUAUGUAAACACGCUGUAUGUUACCCCGUACACUUCUGUGGACCGCUUGCACAACCAGCACUUCACCGCCAAUCUCCGGACACCCACUGACUCGUGCCCCACAUCCUCCAUGGUAGCACCAAGUGCAAUUAAAGCCUGUGAUAAUGGACACGUGAUGAUGUGUAUUGUAUCUUAGUGAACGCUGGAUGAUUGUGCGUGUGUGUAGUGUGUAAUGCAGGGGUGGGCAAACUACGGCCCGGGGGUCUCAUGCGGCCGCCAAGUGUUUCAAUAUGGCCCGCCUGUUUUUUUCCAAAGUAUUUCAUUUGAACUCAACAUACCUGCCAUCGUGGCUUGGGCCAACUUUUUGAUGGUUGAGGUAGCUGCUUUAUCAAUUUCGUUAUUUGAUGUGGUCUGUUGUUUACAAAAUGCUCCUGGAAAAAGUAACACAAGCACAAAAAUAAAAAUAAAAAUAAUGACAAUAAUAAUAAGAAGAAGAAUGUUGUUAAUAAUAAUAAUAUUACUAUUAUUAUAUUCAUAUUGUUGUUAAUAAUAUUAAUAUAAUAGUCAUAAUAUUAUUAUUGUUAUUAUUAUUAACAAUAAUAAUAAUAAUAUAAUUAUAAUAACAUUACUAUAACUAAUAAUAACAAAUCUAAUAUAAUAAUAUAUAUAUAUAAAAUAGUAAUAAUAAAGACAAUAAUAAUAACAAAAAUAAUAAUACAUUUAAUUUCCAACACACUUUACAUCAAAUAAAUGAUUUCAAAGUGCACAUAUAGCAGAUUGCAUGACACUUUUACAUGUAAAAUAUGCGUAAAAAUAGGACUGUUGCAUGUAAAAUACUAUAUAGUCUGCCCCCCCCUCCCCCCUGUCAAUUUUGUUAAAUCAAUGCGGCCCGCGAGUCAAAAAGUUUGCCCACCCCUGGUGUAAUGUGUGUGAGUGUGUAUAACAUCUCACGUUAGAUACCCCUUUGUGGCAGGUCACAACUACACACCUCCCUCAGUGUCUUAAAUAAGCAAAUAUCUGCUGCAGGAUGAAACUUAUAUGACAUAUAUAUAGUAUGUAUAUGUAUUUCUGGCUUAUAUACAUUAUGUGAAAGUGCAAGUAUCUAGCAAACAAGCGACAAGCAAUGAUCAUGUGGUGCUAAAUAAUAACUAUCAAGGAGUCACAGGCAUUUCAAACUAUAAAUAUCAAUGUGUUCAUAUUCAAUAACUCAUAUCAUUUAAGGCUCAUUCAUUGCUAAUAUGGAUGAUGAAGAAAAUGCCAUACUGUAAGUGGAGUAUCAGCGUAUGUAUUGUUUGUUCAUGCAGCUUUUUACCGAUCGAACGUAUCGCUAUAGAGACCAAAUAUUUAUAUUUCAGUGUGUAUAACAAGAUGAAACCUCAGUAAUACAAUUUAAAAUUCCAAAACUGGUUUGAGUUUUUACAGUUUUUACACAGUAGCAGAAACGGACUUGAGCAUUGUUAAAAAAAAAAAGGGAAUGUUCAUACGACAAAAAGAAGGUUUGGAUGAUGUUUUUAUACAUAGAAAUAUAUAUUUUUGAGCCACUUUAUUAUCAAACAUGUUUUGUAAAUGUUACUGUUUUAUUUUUAUAUUGUGAAUAGCUUUUUUUUUUUUAAUGCAACAUACUUUACAGUCACGACUAAAUGAAGGUAUCAUAAAAUUCCAGGAAGCAGUAUUAAGCUACUGCUAUUUUUUUUUAAUAAUUUCCAAUCAUUGAAUAUAAAACAAUAUGCAACAUAGUAAUUUGUUUCAUAAUGUUGUUGCUAAAAGCCAAGCCGAUUAAAUUCUGUCCUCCUAUUCUUUCUGUUCUCUGUAUUCAUUCAUUGGUGUCUAUUUGAUGAUAUCUUAUUUGAGGAUAAAAAUGACUAUUAUUGUGUAAUAAUUGGAAACAUAAUUCAUCCCAGCUCCACUGAACACUCCACUGGCUUUUUUUUAUACUUUUGCCUAAUACUUUUUUUUAAAUUUAAUGUCAGUAAAGCCACUGAGCCAAAGUGGAACAAAAACUGCGGUUUUAGAUCCAAGCCAACAACAUGUGCUUUCAAUUAGGACACUCCUAACACCCCGCAAGACUUGCUUCACCUCCAAAACCAUAUUGUCCCCUUUUUUUUCCGUGAAAUGUUACGGAAGUGCUGGUUGUGGUCUUGGUUAACGUCUUUGUUUUGUUUGACAAUUGGCAGCCUGUGUGCCAGCAGGUGAUAAUCCUAUUGAGUCGCAGCCAAUACUGUUAUGAAUCUUUCAUUUGAAGCCAUAUUCAUAUUCUUCAACAUCGUGCCGAGUAUACAAAAACAAAUGCAGAGUGAUUAUUAUUAAUCAACACAGAAAAAUCAAUCAUAAAAAUUCCAUCUUCUACUAAGACUAGUAGAAAAAAAUGUGAGCACAGGACUCUAUAAAUGACUAAUACUACUAAAAUAUUUACUAACACUGUAUUCAAUAUGUGUCAGGUCUUAUAAUGCAUGCUUGUGUAUUUUAUAUUGCAUAUAUUUUUAAUCCACAGCCAUUUAACAAAUGAAUGUAACAAUGUAACAAAGAAGGGGGGUGAAUGGUGUAUUUGGACCCCAAGAAUGUGAAACAUUUUAUUCUAAUAUACAUUAUAUACAAUAUAGUAGCCUUUGGAAUUUGUAUGUAAACCAAGACCUAUUUUAGCUAUGAUACUACAAGCCUUUUUCAAUAAAGUCAC